UGUGUGUGUGUGUGUGUGUGUGUGUGUGUGCAUCUCUGUGGGAGUGUGGGAGUGUGUGUGCUUCACUGUUGGAGAUCCCCAAGGUAUCCAGACGCAGCUGUUUUCUCCCUCCUCGCCAGUGUGUGUAGUAGAGUAGAGUAGAGUAGAGUAGAGGAGGCUGGACAAAAGUUAGAGAGGGGGGCAGUGAACGUGUAUGUGAGUGAGCGUAAGCGUCACAGUGUGUGACUAAAAAGAGUGAGUGCGUUAAAAGAAGCAUAGCCUGCUGCCCUGCUGUCAGCCAUGCACAGCAUGGACGUGGACGAGAAGCCCAAGCGCUACUGCAUACGCGGCAAGCACGCCGCCAUCAUCUGCGCCGUCGUCCUGGUAACCGGCCUGGCCGUGGGGCUGGGCGUGGGACUGUCCCAGCCCGCCUCCGACUGCGCCGCCACCCCGGCGCCCACAGACCCCCCCGUGCCGCCCACCCAGACCCCGCCGCCACCCACCGACCGCGGCCCCUGCAAGGCCUCCAAUGAUACCUCCGGCGACUGGAAGAACUUCCGCCUGCCCUCCUACAUCGAGCCCACGCACUACGACCUGCACCUGGAGCCCGACCUGGGCACCGACCUCUACACGGGCACGGUGGGCGUCCACCUGAAGCUCCACCAGGCCAGCGCCCACCUCUGGAUGCACAUCAGGGAGACAUUUGUCUCAGGCGUGCCCACGCUGAAGCUGGUUCAGACCAACGAGGACGGGACCACCAGCAAGGAGACUCCCAUCGGAGUUAAGGGAUGCUUUGAGUACAAGACCCACGAGUAUGUGGUGGCCCAGGCGGAGAGCCAGCUGGCAGUUACCCAGGCCAAUGAGCACUAUGUCCUGACCCUGCCCUUCCAGGGCUGGCUGAACGGAUCACUGGUGGGAUUCUACAGGGUCACCUACACGGACGAGAAUGGGCAACUCAGAAAAAUCGCAGCCACGGACCACGAGCCCACUGAUGCCCGUAAGUCCUUCCCUUGUUUUGACGAGCCCAACAAGAAGACCACCUACAAAAUCUCCAUCACACACGACAGCAACUACAACGCACUCUCAAACAUGCCAGUAGAGAAAGUAGAGGAUGCGCCUAAUGGCAAGAAAAAGACCUCCUUUGACAAGUCUGUGAAGAUGAGCACCUACCUGGCGUGUUGGGCCGUGCACCAGUUCACAUCUGUGGAGAGGACUUCAAAAAGCGGAAUCCCACUUAAAAUCUGGGCUCAGCCUGCACAGAUCCAUACAGCCACGUAUGCCGCCGACGUGACUAAGAUCAUCUUUGACUACUUUGAGGAAUAUUUCGACAUGCCCUACUCCAUUUCCAAACUGGACAAGAUCGCCAUCCCAGACUUUGGCACGGGGGCGAUGGAGAACUGGGGCCUCAUCACCUACAGGGAGACCAACCUGCUGUUCGACGAGAACGAGUCGUCCUCCUACAACAAGCAGCGCGUGGCCAGCGUCAUCUCCCACGAGCUCGUGCACCAGUGGUUUGGGAACAUUGUUACGAUGGACUGGUGGGAUGAUCUAUGGCUGAACGAGGGCUUCGCCAGCUUCUUCGAGUACGUGGGAGUGGAGGAGGCCGAGCCCAGCUGGGGAAUGCGUGACAUCAUGCUCAUUAGCGAUGUACUUCCUGUUAUGGUGGACGACGCCCUCCUGACCUCUCAUCCAAUCAUCGUGGAUGUCUCCACUCCCGCCGAAAUCACCUCUGUGUUCGACUCGAUCUCCUACAGCAAGGGGGCAUCCAUUUUGAGAAUGCUUGAGGACCGACUUGGCAAGGACACUUUUAGAGACGGGUGCAGAGUGUAUCUGAAAAGGUUCCCCUUCCAGAAUGCCAAGACAUCCGACUUCUGGCAGGCCAUGGCUGAUAAUAGUGGUGUUGCAGUGGCUGAUAUCAUGGACACCUGGACCAAGCAGAUGGGCUACCCAGUGCUGGAGCUGAGUGUUGCCGGGACAACGGCCAAGCUCACCCAGAAGAGGUUCCUGCUGGACCCCAAAGCAGACCCUACACAGCCACCUGUUGACCUCGGGUACAAAUGGACUAUCCCUGUGAAAUGGCAAUCUGUAGGGAGCAACAGGAACGGCAGUCUGGCGUUUGAUAAAGCAUCUGCAGAGGUAACCAUAGUUGAUUACAACCCCACCAAUGACGGCCUCAUCAAGGUGAACAACGACCAUCUGGGCUUCUACCGUGUCAACCACAACACCGGCAUGUGGACACAAAUCAGCCAGCAGCUUGUGACCAACUACGAGGAAUUUGAUGCUGCUGAUCGAACCAGCUUCAUAGAUGAUGUCUUUGCUCUUGCUAGGGCCAAUAGUUUGGAUUAUGGGGUGGCGUUGGACAUGACCAAGUACCUGAGCAAUGAGACGGCAUUCAUUGCAUGGGACACGGUCUCCUCCUCCAUCGCAUACGUCAGGCAGAUGCUGGCAGACGACACGGAGCUCUAUCCCAAGUUCCAGAAACUACUCCGGGGCCAUGUCCAGGGAAUUGCUGCAGAGAUGGGAUGGGAAGAUGUAGGAAAUCAGACUGAGAGGUUGCUGCGUGAGGUGGUGCUGAGUAUUGCAUGCCAAAUGGGUGAUGAACAUGCUCUGGCCAACGCUACUCACAUCUUUAACCAGUGGAUGGCUGGAGAUAUUGAACGAGUUGGCGUGAACCUGCGGUUGCUGGUGUACCGCUACGGCAUGAAGAAGGCCAACGAGGCCACGUGGCAGAAAAUGUUCCAGAAGUACCGCGACACCACUCUGGCCCAGGAGAAGGACAAGCUCCUCUACGGCCUGGCAUCCGUGGAGAACGUCACUCUGCUCAGCUACUUGCUGGAAGCCUCUAGAAACGAGUCAGUGAUCCGCAGUCAGGAUUUGUUCACGGUGGUGCGCUAUGUGGCCGGGAACACCUACGGCAAGAGCAUGGCCUGGGACUGGGCCACCCUCAACUGGGACUACCUGGUUAACAGGUACACCAUAAAUGACCGUAGCCUGGGUCGUCUUCUCAGCAGCAUCAGCACAUCCUACAACACAGAAGUGCAGCUCUGGAAGAUGAAGCACUUCUUUGGGCUGACGCCGAACGCAGGGGCAGGGACUAUGCCACGGAAACAGGCCUUGGAGACGGUGGGCAACAACAUUGAGUGGAUGAACCAAAACCUGAACGAGAUCCGAACGUGGCUCAACAACAAUGUGCCAUAGUGAUAACGGCCUGCAUAGAGCCACAGAAGAGAAGAAUGGAGGAAGGUAAAGAAAAGGGGAAGAGAAAGAAAAGAAGGGAGAAGAGAGACGUGGGAUGUAGCUGCAGUGCAACUGGCUCACGUCAAAACUAAACGAAAACAGUUCACGUCAAAUGUUGCUCUUGUAUUGGUUUAUCUGUUGUUUUUUUGUUUGUUUCAUUCUGUAAAUUAUCUAUGAAGGUUAAUGUUUAUAAACUUGAGGAUUUAGAGUGGAUUGAGAUGGGCUAAGCUAAUUCAGAUCAGAACACUACCCUUCUCUGUGUUGAAGGAUGUAGGCACCUGGAGUUAUUGGGGAUGAAGCACUGCGCUUAGUUGUUUUAUAUCAUUUCGAAUGUACAGAUUAUAGUUAUCAUGAAAUAUACAAGCUGAUCCAUGAAAGGUACUCAACAUGCAUUGUAUUUAGCAGGACCGUAGGACACUGUGGUGCCCCCGGGCACUACAACUCGCAGGUCCCCCGUUUAUGAUUAAUAUUUAUGAAGUAUGUGUCAUGUGGUGCCCCCUAACUGGCUGUAAAUGGUUGGGGCCCCCGGGCACUGUGCCACUGGCCCUUAUGGAUAAUCCGGCCCUGGUUUUUAGGAACAUUUUGCCUGCAGCAACAAGACUAAGGCAGUGUAAGACUUGCUCUUUCCCCCUUAUGGUAAUAGAGACCUACAGGCAGUUGGUUAGAUUGUUUCAGAGGGCCUUAUUUGGUAGACAGUACCUUCAAUGGGAGGAUGUUCUGAAUGAGUGGAAUGCAAGGCAAUCAUAUAAUGAACUUUAAGUGACCUCUGUUUCUAUUUGAACUAUGUUGUGAAAUAUGCACUGAAAUGACUUGUAAGAUGUACAGAUAAAAAUUAAAUAUUUGAUCCAUUUGUU